AUGCCAUCAACCACCAACACCAGCCAAUGCCAUCAACAACCAGCCAAUGCCAUCAACCACCAACAACCAGCCAAUGCCAUCAACCACCAACAACCAGCCAACGCCAUCAACCACCAACCACCAGCCAAAGCCAUCAACCACCAACAACUAGCCAAAGCCAUAAACCACCAACAACCAGCCAAAGCCAUCAACCACCAACAACCAGCCAAUGCCAUCAACCACCAACAACCAGCCAAAGCCAUCAACCACCAACAACCAGCCAACGCCAUCAACCAGCCAAUGCCAUCAACCACCAACAACCAGCCAAUGCCAUCAACCACCAACAACCAGCCAAUGCCAUCAACCACCAAUGCCCCAUCUGCCCCGGUUUGGGCGCGUGGAAAGGCUAGGCUGUGUGCGGAGGGACUGCGGAGCGGAGCUGCUGAGUUUUGGAGACUGUGGUGGGACACGCGGGAGAACACCCUGGGCAACUUUGGUUCCUACUUGCCCAGUCUGGUCCACCUGAAGCUGAACAACAGCACGAUUACGUCUGUGAGGGAUCUGGGAACUACGCUGCCCCACCUGCAGGCUCUGUGGAUGUCCCGCUGUGGACUGGCAGACCUGGACGGAAUCCCCUCUUUCACCUGCCUCAAGGAGCUGUAUGUGGCCUACAAUGGCAUCUGGGACCUGAGCCCGGUCAGCAUGCUGGAGCAGCUGCAUGUUCUGGACCUGGAGGGGAAUGGCGUGGAUGACCUCAUCCAGGUGCAGUACCUGGGACUGUGCAGCCAGCUCAGUGACCUCACGCUGGAGGGGAACCCCGUCUGCACCCGGCCACACCCCGGCCCCAUCCAGACGGAGGGGUACAGAUAUAGGACUGCAGUCAGAGAGCUGAUCCCACAGCUGCGUUACCUGGACAACGUGCCGGCAGGGGACACGGAACCCUGCUGUGACAGUGCCACCGCGGAGGACUGGGUCCGGCUGAGGGAGUCUCUUAAGGACAGCGCCCCCGCAGAAGAGGAGGAGCCAGCCAGUGUGCUUGCCCCCCUCAGGCCAGGCUCUGCCCCCACCAGGCCUGGCUCCGCCCAGCGGCCUGUGACCGCUCUCCCUGCCCUCCUCUCCCUCAGUCGACCCUCCAGCGCCAGGCCUGGCUCCUCCCCCUCCUCCCGGCCUGGCUCCUCCCCCUUCGCCCGGCCCGGCUCCUCCCCGUCCUCCCGACCUGGCUCCUCCCCCUCCUCCCGACCUGGCUCGGCCAGCUCGAGCCCAGCCCUGCUGGACCAGGACGCCAGCGGACUGACCCACGGUGUGGGGGGGGUGAUCUGUGGGAAUCCGGUUCAGGUUCUGAGAGCCCACAGGCAGAAGAUGGGGAUCCCGGCUCCCAUGUCCCACCCUCCCUCCUUAACCCCGCCCACACACACCCCAGAACACACCUUUGAUCUGGAGGAGACUGAUGGAAAAGACCGAAGAGACGUGUUCUCUGAGCUCAGAGCCUGGAGGAAAGAGCACAGCAGACGACUGCAGGCCAUAGAGCAGGAGCGGAAGCCGCAGGUGAUGAAAAUCUCUCACAGUGAUGAAGAUGAGGGGGGAGAGGAAGAUGGCAUGGGCCAUAGCCUCAGCUUCACCAGUGAUGAGGAGGAGGAAGAGGAAGAAGGAGUAAGAGCGGUCUGUGGUCGUCUUAUAAACACAACCUCGCCUGACUCCUCCUUCAACUCUCCACCACCUGACCUCCUGUGUGAGAGAGAGGCAGCGUCUCCCGAAGUCUCCCGACUGUCUCUGUCCCCGGACCCCCCGCUGAGCCCGUCUCCCCCCCCGGCCGCCGCGGCCCCCCCCGGGGGGCAGAGCAGAGCAGCGGGGGUGCGGGCGCGAAGGGUUCGAGUGAAGGCUGCUGGGGGGGCUGACUGUGGAGCCCCCGCUGCGGAGGAGAGGAGGAAGGAGGGGAUCCCCAAGAUCCACCGAGCGCUGGGGACCCCCAGGGGUGCCUCUCUCAGGCCACUGUCCAGCCCUGCGCUCCACAGUCCAAGCGCCGAGGCGGGGGGAAGCCACGAGCAGCCAAUCAGCAGGCAUCCGCCCGUCAUCCAAUCAUCAGCCGCGAGGCCCCCACUGCAGACACGCCCACUUACAGCCCGGGCCGUCCUCCAGAGGCUGCCCAAUCGCCUGGAGCUCCCGCCCAGGCCAGGCCCCGCCCACUACGGAGGAGGCCCCUCCCACUAGCAAGGACUGGUGUGUGUGUGUGUGUGAGCGUAUGUGUGCAUGUGAGUAUGUGUGUAUGCAUGUGAGAGUGAGUGUGUGUGUGAGUGUGCGUUGGUGUUGGUGUGAUGGCGCUAUUUUUUGCCAUUUUGUUAACCAACCUCACAAUCAGCUUCCUCACUCACUAGCAUCUGUUCUUUAGAAAUGCAGGUAUGAGCCCAGCUGCAUC